GUCCACUUCCUUGAUCUCGUCGGCUUUCUCCUCGAUCCCUCCUCAAAACCCUAGCUUUGGAUUAUCCGUUGUAUGGCUUGCGAUCGGAGGGAUCCCUACCCUUCGGGCCCCUCUGACGCCGACCACCCCUCCACCUCCGGCGAUCGCAGGGUCAAGCUCCGCUAUAGCUAUGGCGGCACGAUUCUGCCUCGCCUCAGCGACGGCGCCCUCCGCUACGUCGGCGGGGAGACCCGCAUCCUAACCGUCAACCGCGAAGCUUCGCUGCCAGAGAUCCUACGCAAGAUGACCGAGGCCUACGGAGGGCCGGUCGUGCUCCGGUACCAGCUCCCCGACGAGGAUCUUGACGCUCUCAUCUCCGUGUCCACCUCGGAGGACCUGGAGAACAUGAUGGAGGAGUACGAUAAGCUCGCAGCGGAGAAUCCCAACGCCAAGCUACGAGUCUUCCUCUUCUCGCCAUCUGAUGUGUCCGGCAGUGGUUCCGAUCCACUUGCCCCGUAUCAUGAUUUGCAGGACACUGGCGCGAGGUAUCUCGAAGCUGUCAAUGGAUUGGAUUUGAGCAUCAGGAGAAGGGAUAGCGUGGCAAGUUUCCCGUCCACCCAGAAUUCCGAUGUAUUGACGGCCGUCGAGGCACUUGUCAAUGAAGGUAUAUCGCCUGUUCAUUCUCCUACAGGUACAUCUGCUCGAUAUGCAUCAAAACCAAAUUUUGCAGGGCAAGACGUUCCAGAUCUGAUACUGACUACAAAUUACAAUGAUCAAAUCCAAAUUUUGAGUUCAACUCAGUCUGAAUUGCCUCCUUCAGUGCCAAAUCAACACAAAUUCUUGAAUCCAGUACAGGUUGAAUUUCCUUCAGCCACACCAAUUGUUCCCCAGCCCUACAUAGAUCAACAACAUGAUCACCUCCAACCUUUUGUAGGAGUGGAAUCUCCUUCUCAAAUCAAUGUUGCGGUGGCUCCAAAUGCUUAUAUCCUACCUAAUAGCACAACUGCUCAGGUUGGCAAUGGGAUGACAAGAGUGGAUUUCCAGACAGACCUUAAUGCUGGAAAGAUUAUGAGGAUUCCUGGUGAUGCAAAGCUGCAGCCUUUAUCAAAGCUACCUCCACUGCCUCCUCCUCACUUUUUCGCACCAAAUGUGGAACGGCGCCCAGUGCCAGCAUUAUCUCCUGUGCUGACUGCUAAAUUUGAGGACUGCAGUUUAUGUCAGAAGGCCUUGCCCCAUGCCCAUUCAGAUACCCUGAUAAAUGAUCAAGGUAACAGCCACAAACAUGCCAUUUCUGAAGCAAAUACGUUAUUACAGAGUCUCAGCGCUGAAGAUUUAACCAAACGAGUACCACUUCAAACAGCAGACAGUGGUGUGGAUAUCCAAGCUAAGAAUUUGUCGAAUUUGUCUACUGCAGCUCCUUGGAACCGUGAGUUGUCUGAGACAGCUCCUGCUACUUCCCAAAUUAUUGUGAAGUCACCUGUAAAUUCAACCUAUCUGGACCAUGCUAAGACUCCUCUACCACCCGUUUUUGUGGGGCUACCUGAUGCUUCACAACUAUCAUCCGGGACUGAAAGCAAUCCUGAAAAAUCCCACAAAGAAGACUUGGUGCAAAAGCAGCAACAAUUGCCUGUAAAUUGUGACCAUUCUAAUAUUGUACCAAUAACAGCUUCAUUAGCCACACCACACAACCCUCUUGGAGCAUUCCUCAUUCCUCAAUCUCAUGAAGAAGAUUCCUCACAACAACAGAUGCCAUUGUUACAAAAUAUUGGAUUCCAUAAUUAUCCGUUUAAUCAAGGUUUUAUCCAUAAAUCUUUUGUUGCGAAUGCUAAUUUACCCAGACAUCUGGAUGUCCGGGCAUUGUAUAGCCAUGGUUGGCCUAUGGAUGGAAUGAUGCAACCUCUUAGCAUGAAUCCUCCUGGGGCUCCAGGCUUCAGUGGUUACCCAAGGCCAGCAGCUGUCUUGUCUGAUGUUGGCAUCUCCAAGGAUUUAAACUCUGGACAGACACCAUUGUUUAUGAUGAAUAGUCAUAAUGCCGGGCUUCUGGAUAUAGGGAGUGAAUUAUCUAUUAGUAAUCCCCUAAUUGCAUCUGGAAUUGUUCCAGAAGGAAAUUCUAGUUUGCUAUCUAGUCAGUUGCCAGCUAUGUCGAGGGAUGUUUCUUAUCGUCAGAGUGUUCAGCUUUCCGACAGCAUUCAGACUCCACACAUCAUAGGGAACCAUGAGCUAUACUCAUAUCAUCAUGAAACAGGAGCCGGACCUAGAGGGAUGUUCAAUUAUGCAGAUCCUGUCCAUGACAAUGAUACGAGCAAUAAAAAUCUUAAUGACAAAAAAGAUGAUAUUCCCAGUGUCAGUCCAGCAGAAGUAUUAACAAAUAGCAAUGGGUCUAUUCCUCAAAAUGGCAAUGCUUUGCUUCACCACAAUACAGACCAAAUACAGCAAGUUGUUUCCCCAGACCAACUUGUGAGCGACAUGGAUCCUCAGAAACUAUUGGAGAGUAAAAUCCUCCCUUCAAGACCAAGCAAUGCUUCUACAGCCACACAAGAGUUGUCCAACAGGAAUUAUCCUGUAAAUAGCAUAAGGUCUGAGCUAAGUACUCCUGUAGCUGUUUCUGUUCAGAUGCCAAGUUCUUUAAAUAUGGAUGCAUCUACAGAGCCACAUCCAUUAAAAGGAGAUGCCCAUAGUAAAGAAGAUAUCCCGAAUACUGAAGGGAGAACAUCAGCGUCAGCACUUACACUACAAUCAUCUGAACUUCCAGUUCCAAUUUUUGAUUCUCAUGAAACAAAAGAUACAACUCAUAGUUCUUUCAGAGAAAGUGCAAUUAUCGAGGACAAAAUAGCAACAGAUGAAAAGAAAGAGACUAAGACAAAACAAUUAGAGAAAGCGAAGAAUGUUUUUCCUAAUAUAGAUGAGAUUGGAAACCUCCAGGUAAUAAAAAAUAGUGAUUUGGAGGAGUUGCAAGAACUUGGGUCUGGGUCUUUUGGGACUGUAUAUCAUGGCAAGUGGAGAGGCACAGAUGUGGCAAUCAAGAGAAUCAAUGACAGGGUUUUUUCUGGGAAUUCAUCAGAGCAGGAUCGUGCAAGGGCUGAUUUUUUAAAUGAGGCCUGUAAGCUUGGCAGCUUGCACCAUCCGAAUGUUGUGGCAUUUUAUGGCAUUGUUCUUGAUGGCCCAGGGGGAUCUAUUGCAACAGUAACAGAGUUUAUGGUUAAUGGUUCACUUCGGCGUGCUUUGCAGAAGAAUGAGAAGAUGCUUGAUAGGCGUCGACGACUUCUUAUCGCAAUGGAUGUGGCAUUUGGCAUGGAAUACUUGCAUAGUAAAAAUAUUAUACACUUUGAUUUGAAAAGUGAUAACUUGCUUGUCAACUUGAGGGAUCCUCAGCGUCCAAUAUGCAAGGUGGCUGAUCUUGGUCUUUCAAAAUUGAAAUACGAGACACUGAUGUCUGGUGGCAUGCGAGGCACUCUACCUUGGAUGGCACCUGAACUUCUUGGCGGCAAAGAUAUCAAGUAUAGUGAAAAGGUUGAUGUAUUCUCCUUUGGCAUAGUGAUGUGGGAGCUCAUCACUGGAGAUGAACCAUAUCGGGAUAUGCAUUAUGGACUUAUUAUAGGAGGGAUUCUGAACGAUACACUACGACCUCCCGUGCCUGAAUCUUGUGAUCCCGAAUGGAAAUCUCUAAUGGAGCAAUGCUGGGGCACGGAACCUUCACAGCGCCCCAGCUUCACCGACAUCGCAAACAGGUUGAGGGCGUUGGCAGCUUCUCUUCCUCAAAAAGGAUAGGUCAUGGGAAGCUAUCCUAACACACUAUCAAACUCUCGCCGGCCAGUACCAUUACCUGACGUAUUUAUCAUCUUCAUGAGUGUGCCGAGCUCAGUUUGAGAUUUUUUUUUUUCUUUGUAAUGAAGAGGUUCGUGUUCGUCACGGGUGUGUGCAGCUCCGCUUAAGAUUUUUUGUUUGUAAUGAAGAGAUUGGUGUCCAUAAAAUUCCUGUAUAGAGUUUUGCAUGUUAUUGCACUACCGCCUGUCCAGUUUGUUAAUUCUUUGAAUUAGCCAAGUAGUAAAGGGCCAAACAGCUAUACGCUGCCAUAUUAAAGAAAAGAACAUGCAGCUGUGGAUUCAUUCGUUCUUGAACUCUUAAUGGAAUGCUAUUUUGUCAAUUUUCA